AUGCUCUUCGAGGUAAACAAAAAGCUCUUCUCGCGGUCAGAUCGCGUCAAGGGCGUCGAUUUCCAUCCUACAGAGCCAUGGUUGCUCGCAGGGCUCUACAAUGGCACAGUCAACAUCUACAACCACGAGACAGGCGCAGUCGUCAAGACAUUCGAGGUCGCAGAGGUCCCUGUCCGCUGCGCCAAGUUUAUCGCGCGGAAGAACUGGUUCGUAGCUGGGUCGGACGACUUUCAGCUACGCGUGUUCAACUACAAUACCCAUGAAAAGGUCGCAGCCUUUGAGGCUCAUCCUGAUUAUAUCAGAUGUCUGACAGUCCAUCCGACUGCGAGCAUCGUUCUGACCGGUAGCGACGAUAUGUCGAUCAAAGCCUGGGACUGGGAAAAGGGGUGGAAGAACAUCCAAAUAUACGAAGGCCACACACACUACAUCAUGAACCUCGCCUUCAACCCCAAAGACGCCAACACCUUCGUCUCCGCCUGCCUAGACCGCACCGUCAAAAUGUGGUCCAUCACCUCCUCAACACCCAACUUCACAAUGGAAGCUCACGACAAAGGCGUAAACUACGUCGACUUUUACCCAGGCGCCGACAAACCCUACCUCGUCACAACAGGGGACGACAAAACCGUCAAAGUCUGGGACUACCUCAGCAAAAGCUGCGUACAAACCAUGGAAGGACACACUAACAACGUCUCCUUCGCCGUCUUCCAUCCCAACCUCCCCAUCAUCAUCAGCGGGAGCGAAGAUGGGACUAUCAAGAUCUGGAACAGCGGCACGUACAGGAUCGAAAACACACUAAGCUACGCCCUCGAACGCGCAUGGUGCGUCUCCCUACGCAAAGACGCCAACGAAGUAGCUGUAGGCUUCGACGAAGGCGUCGUCGUCAUCAAACUCGGGCGAGACGAACCCACAUUCAGCAUGGACCCCUCCGGCAAGCUCAUCUACACCCGGAACCACGACGUCCUCUCGGGGAACAUCCAAACCAUCUCAGCAGACGACGCUUCCUUCUCCGACGGCGCUCGUAUCCCAUUAUCAGUCAAAGAAAUCGGUUCAACAGAGAUAUUCGCGACGUCUUUGAUCCACUCCCCCAACGGCCGUUUUGUUACUGUAGUAGGCGACGGCGAAUACAUAACCUACACUGCCCUAGCAUGGCGUAACAAAUCCUUCGGGAACGGAAUAUCAUUCGCAUGGGCACCCGAUUCCAAUACAUACGCUGUGUUGGAGAGUAAAGUAAAACUCAAGAUAUACAAGAACUUCCGUGAACGUACGGGUGUGACGGGGAUGAAAGGCGCUGGGAGCUGGUCGAUGGAUAGUUUGCAUGGUGGGACGUUGCUUGGUGCGAGGGGGAAUGGGUUUGUUAUGUUUUGGGAUUGGGAGAGUGGGGAGAUUGUGAGGAGGAUUGAUGUUGAUGCGAAGAAUGUACAUUGGUCAGGAACCGGUUCGCUCGUCGCUAUCACAGCCGAAGACUCGUUCUACAUCAUCCGGUUCGAUAGAGACGCCUACAAUGCAAAAAUCGAAGAAGGCGCAGAGAUUACGGAUGAGGGUGUGGAAGAGGCGUUCGAGGUCGUCGCUGACGUUCCAGAAGGCGUGAAAACAGCCAAAUGGGUGGGAGACUGCUUCAUCUACACCACAAACACCAACCGGCUCUCCUACUUUGUCGGAAGCGAGUCGUACACCAUAAGUCCUUUUGAUACCCCACUCUACCUCCUGGGCUACAUCCCAACACACAACCGGGUUUACCUCGCAGACAAAGACCUGAACAUCUACGGCUACGCGCUCUCCCUCAUCGUUGUUGAAUACCAGACUGCGGUGUUGAGGGGGGAUAUGGAGGCUGCCAAUGAGAUAUUACCGACGUUGCCUAGGGAUCAGCUAAAUAAGGUUGCGAGGUUCCUUGAGGGGAGAGAUCUCAAGGAGCUCGCCAUUCAAGUAACAACCGACCCCGAUCACAAAUUUGAGCUCGCCCUCUCUUUAGACGACCUGGACACCGCUGUCGAAAUCGCACGUACGGUUCCUGAGAAUGAAGCAGAAGUUAAGUGGAAAGCUCUAGGCGACAGAGCUCUGACAGUAUGGCGGUUCGACCUGGCUAAGGAGGCGUUCGAGAAGGCAGGAGAUCUAAGCGCGCUUAUGCUCUUGUUGAUGUCUAUUGGUGACAGAGAGGGUUUGAAGGCUGUAGCUGACCGAGCUGUCGAGAAAGGGCAGAACAAUUUGGCAUUCGCAACCCUCUUCCAGCUUGGAGAUCCAGUCGCAUGUGUCGAUCUUCUUAUUAAGACGCAGCGAGCACCGGAGGCAGCCUUGUUUUCACGGACUUACGCACCGAGCCAGGCACCGAAAGCUGUACAAGCAUGGAAAGCGGAACUCGUCGCCAAGAACCGGCCGAAAAUUGCAGAGGCUGUUGCUGAUCCGUCGACCAAACCUGAGCUUUUUGAAGAGGGGUGGGAGGGUGUACUGGGUGUACUGACGGCGGAAAAAGCUAGCGUAGACCAUGUACAUUCUAGACGGUCUUCUGGCUCUACAGAAGACGGCGUUCUCGUCGAUGCUCCGUGAUCAACCAACUCGUGGGCUCUAUUUUUGUUCUCGUCGUCAAGUUCCUUAGUUCGUCUAUAAUCGAUUCACU